AUGUCCAAAGUCACUUUUAAAAUCACUUUAACAUCAGAUCCAAAAUUACCAUUUAGAGUAAUUAAUGUUACAGAAGAUACACCAUUUACAGCAGUUUUAAGAUUUGCAUGUGAACAAUUUAAUGUCCCAUGGCAAACAUCAGCAAUUAUUACAAAUGAUGGUAUUGGAAUUAACCCAGCACAAACAAGUGGUAAUAUAUUCCUUAAAAAUGGUUCAGAUUUAAGAUUAAUUCCAAGAGAUAGAGUUGGUGGUUUAUAA